AUGAUUGACAUAGACGACCUGCUUGACAGGCUCCGCACAGAUAUUUACCAAGGCGAUGUCCUUCCAGAAGACUGGUUUUCUGGCUUCGAUCGUUUAAGAAGUGGAAGAAUUUUUCCUAACGAAUUCCAACGUUGCUUUACAUUAAUGAGAAUUAAACUCUCUCCUGAAGAGUUUAACAUGCUUGUCGAUAGAUAUAGACAAGGUGAUAAGGUGAAUUAUAAGGAGUUUUGCCAUGAAAUCGAAGAUAUUUUCACUAACAGAAAUUUAGAAAAAGCUCCACUCGAAACAACAAGAAAUUCACAAGAAAUUGUCUCUCGUACAAUUGGAAAAUUGGAUGUGAACACGUCAGUUGAGUUGGAUAACUUAAUGGCGAAGUUACACCAUCAGAUUAAAACAAAAGGAAUUCAUUUGAGAACAGCUUUCAUGGAUUUCGAUAAACAUAACAAUGGACGUAUUACACAAUCUCAAUUCAUGCGUGCAAACCCAUUCAGGGAUCUUACCUCCCGCGAAAUCCAAGUAUUAUAUGAUCGUUAUUGCGACCCACAACUAAAAGACUUCAACUAUCGUAAACUAAAUACUGAUCUUAACGAUUAUGCUAGCAUGCAACCAACCAUGGUUGAAAGGUCGUUGACUCGAUCGUUAUUACCUCACCAAGAAAAGUCACUGAAGAUCAAGAACUUUGAUACUCCUCAGGAGCUUAUCAUUCCAAAGUUCGCAGAGCAUGUUAGAAAGGAGAGAAUUUGCAUCAAAGAUUUCUUCCAAACACAUGAUACACUCAGAACUGGCAGAAUUCCUGUUCAAAAGUUCACAGGAACAAUCACUCUCUUUGGAUAUCCAUUCACAACCAAUGAUCUCGACUACUUAGUCUCUCAGUACUCAAUUGUUGUCAAUUAUACACACUACAUUAAGUAUCUUGAGUUCUGCAAUGAUGUAGAAGCUGAAGUCGAGACUCAACUUUUUCCAGUCAAGUCACGUGGCAUUGACACUUCUUCUAUUACUCCAUCAAAUCCAAAGGUCGACGCAAUUGUUGACAGACUAAAAUCUCAGACAGUUAGAUACAGAAUCAACUGUCUUCCAACACUCAUGGACUUCGAUAGAAUCGGCCAGGGCUACGUAACUCCAGUUCAAUUCCAUCGUGCUUUAACAACAUUAGGAUUCAAGGUCACAAACGAAGAACGUGACGAACUUGUUAAAGUAUACGAGAAAGACAACCGCGGCGUCGAUAUUUACAGAUUCAUUGAAGAUAUCGAUCCAUCACAUACUCAAAAGAGAAGAGAAUUCAAGCCUGUUGGCGUUACUAAGGAGUCCAUCAUUGAUACAUAUGGAAAGGCCUCAAACGGAGACAAGUUUGUCACUCAAGAUGUAGCAGACAAACUUUUGCACGAAUCUAAGAAAGGUCUUAUUCCAAAGAUCAAUGAGAAAGAUAACAUCGAUGACUUACUCAUUGAAAUGCACAAAUGGUGCUUGAUUAAUUCCGUUCUUUUUGCCGAAUUCCUUGGUCAAUUUGAUACCCACAAUAAUGGAGAGAUUACAGCUGAGCAUUUCAGAACAGGUAUCACUAUUUCCGGCUACAAACUCACUGACAAAGAAUUCCAAGUUCUCAAAGAUUACUAUGCUAGUGAAACAAAGAAGGAUUACGUGAAAUGGAGACAGUUCGAUAAAGAUGUCAAGGAGAUGACAGUUCCUCUUGAUCUUGAGAAGACUCCACAGUUCAAUCCAUUGACACAAGCCGAGUUAAGAAGCACAACAAUGAGAGAUAUCAAGACAUUAACACCAAAAGUCCAAGAAAUUGUCAAAGAAAUCUCGAAAUUCGUAAGAAAGCGGAGAUUAAGUCUCAUCGAGCAAUUUAAAGACUUCGACAAACUUAAUCAUAAGAAAGUCAAUGCUUCUCACUUCACGAGAAUCCUCCAGUUGAUCGGCUGCUAUCUUUCUAAGGAUAGAAUUGAUGAAUUAUGCUCUUUCUACAAUGAUCCGUAUACAAAAUUCGUAGAUUACGGAAAGUUCUGUGCAGAUGUUGAUGAAAUGACAGGACAAUUGUUCGGAGACAGCGCCUCAACAACAAUUGUUUCUAAUGGAUUCCCACACUACACAGACAGAGAGUCCGAAUACUUGGUCUCCAUCAGAAGCGGCCCAGCUGAAAUUCCAACUAUGGACAAGAUCAUGGAGAAACUUCAAGCCCACGUUUUCAAGAGACGUGUAAGACUCUUGGAGUUCUUCCAGGGCUUCGAUGGAUUAAGAAGAGGCUUAGUUCCAAAGCAAAAGUUCCACACUGUUGUUAGCCAAGCCGAAUUACCUCUCACAGCUGAUGAAAUCGAUUUGUGCUUGGAAGAAUACGCCGACCCGAAGAGCAAUGAUUUGUUCAAUUACAGAUCAUUCUGCGCUAAAGUCAAUGAAGUCUUCGGUCCAACAGAAUUAAACAGAACACCUUUGACAGCUCCUGUUCCAGUCAGAAUCAAACCAGAGCCAUCAAAGACGAUUCAGAAUUUGACUCCUCAAGAGGAACAAACAGUCAAUUCUAUUUUGAGGAGAAUGAAGUAUGUCGUAACAACAAGAAGAAUGAAUAUCCGAGACCAAUUCGAAGAUUACGACAGAAAACCAUACAAGAAUUACAUUACAAAACAGCAAUUCAGACAAAGUAUUUCAAGAUUGGGAUUAUCCACAAAUAGAGAUGAAUUGGAUAUCCUCUGCAAGAAAUAUAAGAACACAGACUUAGAUGAAGUUAACUACAUCCAAUUCUGCAAAGAUAUCGAUCCGUGA